AUGGCGGAGGAGAAGGUCGUCUAUGCCAAACUCAACCUCAGCUGCCCGGAUCCGCCCCGGAGGACCGGGAAUAAAACCCCCAAACCAGCAGGUCACCAUUUCUGGAAUUCUCCGUACAUGUUCGGCCUCCUCUUCCUGACUAAUAUCACCUUGCUCUGUGUCUCGGGAUGGCUAGCUGCAGACAGUAUAUCAGAUGAUGGGCUGAGACAGAAGCUGAGCAGAAGUCUGGAGACCCAAAAGAACCUGACCCAGACGCUGCAAGAGGCCAAUCAGAGAGUUACGUGUCUGAGAGGAGCCAUAUCAGCGUCAGAUCAGACCCCUGAGUGCCCCCCGGGAUGGACAUUAAUCAAUCAGAAAUGUUAUUUCCUCUCCACUGAUAAGAAGACGAGAGAGGACAGCGAGAGAUCCUGUGUGGGGAACGGAGCUGUGUUGGCCACGGUGAGGAGUGAAGACUCCAUACUGAAGUGUCACAUGCAGAGUCAGAAUGCGGAGUUCUGGGUUGGAUUACAGAAGGGGGUUACAUGGACUGGAGACGUUGCAAUGACUCAGUGGAUCUGGUCUGAUAACACAACGGAGUCCUCUCUGGCAAACAAUCCAUCUACACAAUGUGCGAAAAUGGGGCAAACCAUCUCGUUAUCUCCGUGUUCUGAUCUCCUUCCCUGGAUCUGUGAGAGGAAACCCAACAAAUCCAACUUACUGGACGAAGCCAACGCCUGCUAG